AUGUUUGCUUCAUCAACAGUCGCCUUCGACCAUUCAAUCCUGGCGAUUGACAAGAUAGAGAAGUGUUACUCUUCCCUUCUUUCAAUCGUUACGGUUGUGCAAUGGUCAUGGAAUAUCUUGCUUCGUUUCUCCUUGUUCCCUUAUCAAAUCCCUACACCCAUUGGGGGCGAUGAUUUCAAGCUAGGGAACCGGAAUCACUGCAGCAAGCGAGACGUGGGUGAUGAUGAUGAAGAAGUUGAAUGUGCUAUAUGUUUAUGUAAGAUCGAUGAAGACGAUGAGAUUCCAGAGUUGAGAUGUGACCAUCUUUUCCAUAAAGUUUGCUUGGAUAGAUGGGUCGGACAUCGACGUACCACAUGCCCUGUCUGCCGCAGAUCUUUAACUCCUCGGCAACUAGCGUCCGGCAUGGAAGUUAUUCUUUUCAAAUAUUGUUCUUUUGAUGAUACCAGCCACCGGGAAACCUGGUGGCUGCGUUAG